GCCCGUAACGAAUACGCGAGUGAAGUCACGUCAAAGUCGGUGCAACCGUUGCGCCUUCCCCUUUCCCUUCCCACACUUCACCAUGGCAAGCACAAUAGCGAAACAAUACACCCGCAUACUCACCCUCUGGCCCAAAGAUGCCCUGCGCCCAAAUCUGCCCUUCACACGCGCAAUCGAGUACCGUGGCUCACCGUAUGGCGUAAAACCCGUCGAGCCCGCGCCAGAAGUUUCCAAGAAGGAAGCUACGCCUGUAAAAGCGUCCGCGCCCGCAUCACCGCGGGACCCCAAGCUCGAACAGGCGCAGGUGAAUGCCCUGUUCUCGCUGCUGGAAGCGGGAGGGCAAGGACGGUUUCGCCAUAAAUACGCCUUGUCGCCGGAGCUGCUCAAGCCCGCCUCUGCGCCCGAGCACUACGAGCGCCUCAUGGCUGAGAUUGAAAACGCACCCAAGAAGAGCUGGUGGCAGGCCUUAAGGUCGACGAGUGGAAGAUGAAGAUUCGCUGGACAUGAGUUACGAAAAAGGUCAUGUUGGGAGAAGCGCAUGUACAACAAUGUAGCAAAACGUAUGAGUAUGCAUAACGCGGCGUUCAGGGACGGCAAGCUUGCAUGAUACGCAGGAAUAUUAUCAGGAGGAUCAAAUGGAUUAGAUAUGUUCCAAGGCGGGGUCGCAAAUGUAGCCUACAAAAGUCGUUGACAACCCAAACUCA